CUUCCAAACGAUCUUUUCAGAGAUUUUAUUCCAUAUAAUCGGGAUUCUAAACCUAAACUUUAUGAAUACUGAUAUUUACUUGCAUACAUCUAUAAAUACAAAGGAUUUCACCUACUGUUAUUUACUGAAUUUGAUCUGAUAAAUGUUGCAGAUGUAUACAAAAUGCAUUAUUUGAAUCUCAUUAAACUUCCAGACUGAAAAAUGGCACUUGACGCAAGGCAACUGGUAUUACUCCUGGCAUUUUUCACAGAUGUUGUAAUGACUGAUUGUUCUGUUGGCUGCAUUUCCUGUUCCGGUUCAACAUGUUUGAAAUGCGAAUCGUCACAUUAUCUCUCCGCUGACGUCUGUACUCCAUGCCCAAGAGACUGCAUCAGUUGUAACGGAUAUGAUAACUGUACUUCAUGCAAACCAGGUAAAUGGGGUUCAGAAAACCAGUGCCAGUUUACCUGUGAUAUAAAUUGUCAAAAUAGAGAAUGCCAAUAUGACACUGGCUAUUGUGUUCAGUGUAAACCUGGACUGUACGGCUUACGGUGUAAACGUAAUUGUAGUUUUUGCGAGGGUGAUCUUUGUGAUUUACAUAGAUGUACACAUGGAUGUAAGCAAGGAUAUUACGAGUACAAAACUUAUUUUGAAACAUUUUGUCAGGCAUGUUCGACAGAUUGUAGAUAUUGUAAUGAAGCAAGCUCAUGUCAGAUUUGCAAUGACGGUUUUCAUUUGUAUCAGUUUUCUGAAAAUGGAAAAGCUUAUGUUCACUGUGUUGGUUGUUCAUUAGGGUCAAAAUGUUCAAACUAUUGUCUUAUUCAAAACUGCAAUAAGUGCGAAGUCCAUGAUGGCACUUUGGUGUGCACAGACUGCCCUGACGGAUCCAGGUUUAAUGGCAAAACAUGCAUACUAAAUACAACAAGCUGUGCUCAAGAAUGUUCUUCUUAUUGUGAUGACGGUGGAAUAUGUUUAGGAGGUUGCAAUGCAGGAUGGACGGGUGAAAAAUGUUCUAAGCAAUGUUCAGAUAACUGUUUGACAUGCGAUAAAAGUUAUAGUGACACCUGUAAACAAUGUAAAGGUGACUUUUACACUGCUAAUUGUAGCGUCGCUUGUAGUCCAACGUGUAAAACAGAAAACAGUACACAAACGUGUAAACUAAAAGAUGGAUAUUGUUUAAAUGGAUGUGAACACAAUUUCUGGGGUAAUGUUUGUGAUCAGUACUGCUCGAAUGGUUGUAUUGAUAACGGGAUAUCUCUGAUAUGCGAACGAAACAACGGGACAUGUAAACAAGGAUGUAAGGACGGAUACAGCGGAGAAAAAUGUGAUAUAACAUUAACAAGCAAAACAUCGAUAGUGUCUGAAGGAACAUCUAUUGUCGUUGCAGCUAUUACAGUGGCAUUAUUCCAAAUCAGACGAAGAUAUGUAGCAAAGAAGUUAAAAUCGCAGCAAGAUUCGAAGAAAACAAUUGAGAUGCCCACAUAUUAUAACGAGGAUAUUCGUCAUACACAUGAAACACAAGAAGAGGCUACCGGAACUAAUAACUAUGAGAAACUCGGCAAUACCAGGAACACGGAUAAUGUUUACAAUGGUAUGGAAGCUUUUAAAUUUACUAAUGGAGAUGUUUCAACCAAUAAAGAAUAUUUUGUAUUGAUAUUUUUCAACAAGGAAGCAUAA